CUGCAGGGAGGGAUCAUGGCGGAGCCGCCGCUGCAGGCCCCGCCGCGCUGAGGGAACGGGACCGGGUACAGGGGACCGGGACCGGGUAAAGGGGAACCGGAACCGAUUGAAGGGGGACCGGUUAUAGGGGAACCGGGACAGGGACCGGUUCAAGGGACCGGGACCCUUUAACGGGGAACGGGGACGGAUUUAAGGGGGACCGUGACCGGAUAAACGGGACCGGGACCCUUUAAAGGGGAACCGGGACGGAUUUAAGGGGGACCGUGACCGGAUAAACGGGACCGGGACCCUUUAAAGGGGAACCGGAACCGAUUAAAGUGGCACCGGGACGGAUUUAAAGUGGAACCGAGACCUAUUUAAGGGGGCCCGGUUCCGGUUGGAGGCCCCGGGCCGGCCAUGGCGGAGCCGCUGCUCAGGAGAACCUUCUCCCGUCUGAGGGGCCGCGACCGAGCCAAGAAAGCGGACGGGAAGGAGCGAGAUCACCCUGCUCCCAGCCCCGAUCCCCUGCCGGAUCCCGAAGCAGCAUCCAUGGAUCCGGUGCCGGCUGCAUCCCGGCGGCAGAACUGGGCCCGGUUCUCCUGCGGAGGCCGGGAUGAGAAGGAGCCGCUUCCAGCCAAAGCUUCCCAAGAUGCGGUGGAGCCCACGGAGCCGGAUCCUGCCUCUGGCAUUGAGCAUCCCAAGGAGGAGGACCUGGAGCCGGAGGAAGCAGAGGCACUGAACGGGGAGCUGGGGAUUCCCGGUAGGAAUCCCGGGCAUGGAGCCUACCUGCAGAGCCUGGAGCGGAGCAGCCGGCACUGGGUGCUGUCCUCGGUGAAGAUUCCAGGUGUGGAGGAGCCGGGAGCCGGAGCCGAGCUGGAUCCCGGCAGUGAAGGGGACAUCUGGUACAACCCCAUCCCGGAGGAUGAGGGCCCGCAGCCUGGCAGCGCCGGGAAGGACACGGCAGAGCCCAUCAUGGAUGCAUCGGGAAUGGGGGAGAGCUCCGGAGCCCACAGCACCGAGGAGCCGGCACGGACACAGCCUGGUGGGAAUGCUCCCGUCCCCCCGUCCCCCCCCGGCAGCCCCAGCAAGAAGGUGAAGUCUCCGGGCACCGUUCGCCGCCUCUCCCUGAGGAUGCGGAAGCUUCCGGAGCUGCGGAGGAAGUUGAGCCUCCGCAAUUCCCGAUCCAGCCGCGGAUCCCCCUGCGAGAGGAAGGAAUCCACCAACGUCAUCAGCCGCUACCACCUGGACACCAGCGUGGCAGCCCCGCGUGCCAAACCCAGCGCUAGAGCCGCCUCCCUGAGCGAUGGGGACUCCCCGGAGCUGCCCCCCAAGCCCCGGCCCCAUUGCGACCCCCGCGUGGGGCUGGACGUGGGCGCCUUCCACCCGUACAGCAGUGGGGAGAUGCCCCCGCGCUGCGGGCAGCCCCUCUGCGGCUUGGUGAGCGUCCACCUGCGCGGCCUCGAGGGCCUGAGGCUGCCGCCGGGUGAUGGGCACCAGGUGUUCUGUGUGCUGCAGGUGGACGCGGCGCGGCGGGCGCGCACGGCGCUGCUCUGGUGCCGGAUGGGUGCCCUGGCGCUCAACCACACCUUCAACCUGGAGCUGGAGGGUGCUCAGCACCUCAAGGUCCUGGUGUUCUCCUGGGAUGCCGCCUCCUGCCGCAACCGCCUCUGUUGCCACGGCACCGUGGUGCUGCCACACAUCUUCCGCGGGUGCCGUGCCCAGCAGCUGGCGGUGCGGCUGCAGCCGCGGGGUGUCCUCUACUCCAAGUUCACCCUGGUGGAGCAAUGGGAGCGUCCCAGUGCGCAGGAGCCGCGCGUCUUCGGCGUGGAACUGGGCAAACUGGUGGAGAGGGAGAAGGAGGCAACCAAGGUGCCCUUGAUCAUCCAGAAGUGUGUGGCUGAGAUAGAGAAACGUGGCCUCAAGGUGGUGGGCCUGUACCGGUUGUGUGGCUCAGCUGCCGUCAAGAAGGAGCUCCGUGAUGCCUUCGAGCGGGACAGCGCGGCCGUGACCCUCUCCGAGCAUCUCUACCCUGACAUCAACGUCAUCACGGGGAUCCUCAAGGAUUACCUGCGGGAGCUGCCCACGCCGCUCAUCACCCCCGCGCUGCACCGCACGGUGCUGGAGGCCAUGGCCAAGAGGGCCCCGCGCCCGGCACCGGGGGAGCAGGAUGCGGUCACCCUGCUGGAGUGUCUGCCCGACGUGGAGAAGGCCACCCUGACGCGGCUCCUGGACCACCUGAGCCUGGUGGCCUCGCACCACGACCUGAACCGCAUGACCGCCCAGAACCUUGCCGUGUGCUUCGGGCCGGUGCUGCUCACCCCGAGCCGCGGCACCGCCGGCAGCAGCCACAGCCAGGACGUGGCCAGCGCCGUGGACUUCAAGAGGCACAUCGAGGUGCUGCAUUACCUGCUGCAGGCCUGGCCGGCGCCCCCCCCGAGCUCCGCGGCUGCGCCUGGAACUGCCGGAGCCCACGGUCGUGGCCCGGCCGCGGCCCCGCGGCCCCGAGAGCCCCCCCAGUAACCGGUA